UUCUGCGCGACUCUUUUCCUAGGCGUUUGGUUCUCGGGCUACUCUUCUGAACUAUGCCUAAAGUAGUGUCGCGGUCGGUAGUCUGCUCCGACACCCGCGACCGGGAGGAAUAUGACGACGGCGAGAAGCCCCUGCACGUCUACUACUGCUUGUGUGGCCAGAUGGUGCUGGUGCUGGACUGUCAAUUAGAGAAAUUACCCAUGAGGCCCCGGGACCGGUCCCGUGUGAUUGAUGCUGCCAAACAUGCUCACAAGUUUUGUAACACAGAAGACGAGGAGACUAUUUAUCUUCGGAGGAUCGAAGGCAUUGAGCGACAGUACAGGAAGAAGUGUGCAAAGUGUGGACUGCCACUCUUCUACCAGUCCCAGCCGAAGAAUGCUCCUGUGACCUUCAUUGUUGAUGGAGCAGUCGUCAAGUUUGGCCAGGGUUUUGGGAAAACAAAUAUAUAUACCCAGAAACAAGAGCCACCUAAGAAGGUGAUGAUGACCAAACGGACAAAAGACAUGGGCAAGUUCAGCUCUGUCACUGUGUCUACCAUUGAUGAAGAGGAAGAGGAGAUUGAGGCUAGGGAAGUCGCUGACUCGUAUGCACAGAAUGCCAAAGUGAUUGAAAAACAGCUAGAGCGCAAAGGCAUGAGCAAGAGGCGGCUGCAAGAGCUGGCUGAAUUGGAAGCCAAAAAGGCCAAAAUGAAGGGGACAUUGAUUGACAACCAAUUCAAAUGAUGAGGACCUUUCUCUGAGCCAAGGCUGGAGGCAAGCAUUUAGAAUAGAGAGAAAAAUAAUUUCUUGGUUACAUGGACUGGUUCCUAUUUAUACUCUGCCAGCAGGCUUUACAUUGCUUUCCACUGAUUCUCCUGUGUUCAUUAAGGUCUAUAACUGAGUCCAUUUGACCUGCUUUGUAAAUUUUUCUAAAUCUUUUUGUAUAUAGGUUUUCUGUACUAUCUUUUGCCCAUUUGAUGUCAACUUCUUCAGCUGUGUAGAAAGUUUAUGAAUAGAUUAGUGCUUGAAUGUCCCUAGUUUAUAGAAUGACUUUUUAUUCCUUCCCCCAAAAUAAUAAAAUGUUUAAAGAUUUUUUGAAAAAAAAAGUAUCUUGAUAUGUUUUAGAGGAAAGUGGUGUGAAUUUGCAAAGUCACAGCAUCUCAGGUCCUUUUAAGUGACUCUGUUUCUGUACUUAGAAUUGGCUAUGGUUUGAGUCUUUCUGCUGUCAGAGGAGAGCUAUUAAAAGCUAAAAUCUGUAUAAUGUUUCCUUUCCUUCAAACAUUAAAGCUAUAGAUGAGCCAUACCCUAUCAGACUUUAUAUUAAAAUGAGGAAAAGCCAGAUUGCUGUAGGAGAAGGAGGAUAGCUUAGAUCUGAACCAACGUAGGGUCUCAAUAAGUAACCCAAAGUAGCUACCAUCUGGUCAGGCAGCUAAGAAAACUGCUCCCCAUUGUGAGUAUAUGGGAGGGAGACAUAGAUUAAAAAAUGAUACUGAGGGACUGGCGUUGUGGCGCAGCGGGUUAAGCCACCACCUGUGGUGCCAGCAUCCCAUAUGAGCACCAGUUCAAGUCCUUGGCUGUUCCACGUAGGAUCCAGCUCCGUACUAAUGCACCUCAGAAAGCAGUGGAAGAUGGCCCAAGUACUUGGCCCCUGCUACCCACUUGGGAGACUCAGAUGGAGUUUCAGGUUCCUGGCUUCAACCUUGCCCAGCCCGGACCAUUACAGCCAUUUGGGUAGUGAACCAGCAGAUAGAUGAUCUCUGUCCCUCUCUCCUUUCUCUAUGACUCUGCCUUAAAAGAAAGAGGUGAUACUGAGAUAAACAGAGUUAUCUGUUUGAUAUCUUUUACUUCAUAUUGGCUAUUAUUU